AUGCAUCACGAAAGAAGUAAGCAUUCUAGAGCUGACGUUUUACAUUUGUUCUUUCCAAAUGAGGACAAUUUCUCAAGGUUUUGCAGAAAGUUGAAAAAAUGUAAGUCAACAUUUUUGGGUUGCAUUUACUAAUUGACUCAUUAAACUAUUAUAGACAUACUGAUUUCAUUAGCUACUAAAGGUUGUAGAGUUGACAUAAUUAUGGAUUUAAAUUCAGAAGAGUUUGAAGAAAGAAAGCAAAUAAUUCUCAACAAACUAUUAGUUAUGAGUGGGUUCAAAGUGAAUGUAUCUUUGAUUGAAUCCAAAGGAUUAAUGCAUAGCAAAUUUUGUGUCAUUGAUGGCAAACUAACUAUGGUAGGGAGUGCCAAUUGGACCUAUUAAGCAUUUUCAAAUAACUUUGAGCAUAUUUCAAUAAUUAGUGAUACCAAAACAGCAAAAUAAUUUACAGAAUCUUUCAAAAAUAUCUGGGAUUAAGCAAAGUAAGCAAAAUUCAUUGAUUCGUAGAUUGUAUAUUAACCAAAUAAAAAUUGUAUUGAGUUUAAACCACAUAAAAAAAGUACACUUAAAUUGAAGAUAAAAAAAAGAAAAUUUAAGAGGAGAUUCAGACAAUAAAAAUAACAUCAAAGGUUUAAAUCAAAGAAUAAAUCACAAGAAAAGUAGAAAUUGAUACCUGAACUAAAAGUGAAAGAAAUAGAAUUAAAUGAAAACUCAAAGGGAUUUCAGUAAUGUGAAGAAUAACAAAAACUUUAAUUUACUAAUUCAAAUAAAACGUAAGGUCUUCUUGAAAAUCUUAAGUUAAAUGAAGAAUAAAAAUAUGACUAUUCAGAUUUCGCAAUAAAACAUGACUAAAAUACUUAUACCAUGAAGGAUUCCAAAAAUCAUAAUGCUCAGCAAAUUUCUACUCCAUGGCUAAUUUAGAAUUAAUAAUUAUUUUUUCCUAAUAUAAUUAAAGGUCCAUCAAAACAGAAACAAUCUUAGAAAAAAGAACAAAAUGUUAUCAUAAUAGAUGAUGAAGAUGUACAAAUCAUCACAGAUUUCUCUAAGGAUAUCCUUUGA